CGGAGGGCGCUGGCGGCGGAGGCCGCGGAAGGGCCUCCCUUCCCCUCCAACACAGCCAGCUGUGCUCUAAGGAAAUCUUUGCUGGGGAGUGAAAAGAGUGGGAGCCCAAAUGAGCAGCAGCUGCUCAGGGCUGAGCAGGUUCUUGGUUGCCCUGGCUAUAGCCCUGGUGUCUGCCUCCUCCUCCUGCCCCCAGGCCUGGGGCCCCCCAGGGGUCCAAUAUGGGCAGCCUGGAAGAUCCGUGACGCUGUGUUGCCCCGGAGUGACUGCUGGGACUCUCGUGUCCUGGUUUCGGGAUGGGGAGACAAGGCUGCUCCAGGGACCUGACUCUGGGCUAGGGCAUGAACUGGUCCUAGCCCGGGCAGACAACGCUGACGAGGGUACCUACAUCUGUCGGACCCUGGAUGGUGCACUUGGGGGCAUGGUGAACCUGAAGCUGGGCUACCCGCCAUCUCGCCCUGUUGUCUCCUGCCAAGCAGCUGACUAUGAGAACUUCUCCUGCACUUGGAGUCCCAGCCAGGUCAGCGGUUUACCCACCCGCUACCUUACUUCCUACAGGAAGAAGACAGUGCCAGGAGCUGAUGGCCAGAGAAUGAGUCCAUCUACAGGGCCCUGGCCAUGCCCACAAGAACCCCCAGGGGCUUCCCGCUGUGUAGUCCAUGGGGCAGAGUUCUGGAGCCAGUACCGGAUCAAUGUGACUGAGGUGAACCCCCUGGGGGCCAGCACACGCCUGCUGGAUGUGAGCUUGCAGAGCAUCUUGCGUCCUGACCCACCCCAGGGGCUGCAGGUAGAGUCAGUACCUGGCUACCCCCGCCGCCUGCGUGCCAGUUGGAUGUACCCUGCCUCUUGGCCCCGCCAGCCCCACUUCCUGCUCAAGUUUCGGCUGCAGUACCGUCCAGUACAGCAUCCUGCAUGGUCCAUGGUGGAGCCAGCUGGGUUGGAGGAGGUGAUCACAGACGCGGUGGCUGGGCUACCCCAUGCUGUACGGGUCAGUGCCCGGGACUUUCUGGAUGCUGGCACCUGGAGUGCCUGGAGCCUCGAGGCCUGGGGGACUCCAAGUACUGGGUCCCUACCAAAGGAGACACCAGCUGGGGGUCAGCCACACAUGCAUCUGGAGGAGGAGCUUCAGGCAGACAGCCCUGCUUCCCCAAGGCCCUCUCUCCUUCCAGACCUACAGCCACUUGUCCACAGGGACCCCCUGGAGCAGGUGGCUGUGCUAGCAUCUUUGGGAAUCUUCUCUUUCCUGGGACUGGCAGCUGGGGCCCUGGCACUGGGGCUCUGGCUGAGGCUGAGACCAGAUGGGAAGGAUAGACCCCAAAAGCCUGGGUUCUUGCCCCAAUGAUUACAGUGGACAAGCUUCCAGGAGCCCCAAACCUGUAGAGACCCAGGAAGACUUCAGCUGAUUCCACCUAUAACUCUGUCUUGCUGGUUUGGAUGGACGGAUAGAACCCAGGCAGUACAGUGGAUCCUCAUGGGGGGAGAUGUUUCAGCUGAAGUUUUGUUUGGAGCCCAUUUCUAUGAGACUGUAUUCCAGACUUGUCAGAUGAAAGGUGCCUGGACCUCUGAUUUUAUCCCAGAGCUAGAGAUCCAACAGUGGAAUAUUUGUAAAUGUGUGUAUCUGUGUCCAUGUGUGCCCAUGUGUAUGUGAGGUAGGGAACGUGUGUUCUCUGCAUGUAUGUAUGUAGGUACCUGGGGAGUGUGUGUGGGUCUUGGCUCUUAGCCUUGCCCCUGGUGGGGGUUGUAAAGGUGUGAAUAAAGAGAAUGAGGAGA